GAAAGCUAAUUUAGUCUCGUCUGCAAUUUGUUGUCACGGCAGAGGCGCAAUCUAUAUGAAAAGUCGCUAUGGCACGGUUCGCAAGGACGCUGACAAAGAGUCCGUUUUGGCUUUGGGCAAAUUGGCGGCCAUCCAUCUCUCGGCAACUCAUUGGCUCCUUUUAUCAAAGGCCGAAACACCUCUAUAGCGUAGAGAACGGACACGAGCUUAAUUGUGGCAGCGAAAAAAAAUUCGACCGCGCGUCGGCGUGAAAUUGUAUAUUAUUAUGUUGAGCAAAAACGGUGUCUGUCUUAUCUCUCUCGUUGCUUGAGAUGUGAACGAGUUUCGCAAACACGCUGGAUGCCGUGCAAAAAGUGCAGAAAGGAAGUACCACGUUUAGUCCUCAAGUACGCAGCGCUACUUAUAUUCGGGUAUUAUAUAUGCAAGUAAAGCCUUUGGUUCUAUUCACACAAAAGUUUAAAGAUUUCUGCAAAGAAAAUAAAUUUUAAUUUUUGAAAUCAAUUACUUACAAUUUUUUGUACUUACUUAAACUUUGAAAGAACAAUUAAUUUGUUUUAAUAGAAAUCUUUGGUAUAAUUUCAUUUUAAUUAAAUUAUUUUUUAAUAUAAAAUGUUUCGCUGUACCAACAGUACCACUUAAAUUGACGGAAGAAGUCUAUAAUUAAUAUUUGCGAUUUAAAACCGCAACUUGAAGUAACUAUUCUAACCGCUAUAUAUGGCAAAUAAUCAUUGUCACGUUUUAUAAUAAAACUAUACACAAACCUCAAAACUAAAAGACGAACUUCCGUUGCGGUCGCGGGCGUGAUUUUGAAAGGCAAUUAUUUUCGCUUCUCAUGUCAGCGGCUUUCUCGCUUAUUAACCCUCCAUAAACAUAGUAUAAUUGCAUCUUUGAGACAAUAAAAAAAUCUUGCCAUCUGUCUUGCUUUGCCUCUUUGCUAAUACAAGGGGACGUACUUUCAUCUCCCUUAAACAGUCUAAUUAUGCACCCUUGUCAGGUAAGCGGACUGGAAACGUGCAUUUGAGCUUUUUACUCACCCCAGCACGCGUGCAUGCGGCGCCCCCACAAAAGCAGCCACCCUCUUGCGUGUGCUUAGUUGUGUGUCUUUUAUCGCCCACGCAGUGGCACCCUUUAUGAAUAAUGCAUGGUGAAUAGAUAGGAAAGGGGACGGAUUUGUGUUUUCCUUGGAAAAAGUAGCUAUGAGCUUUGUGGCGUCACAAUAUUAUCUCGCUAUGAGUGCAAAGAACACCUGCCGUUGACCAUAUUGACAAAGGUCAAUGCAAAAUAAAUUGCUCAUUUAAAUUCUUGGUAGAAUAAGUUAUUUUAAAAUUAUCGUUUAACUGUAGAAGGUUGUUUAAGAUUAAAUAAUUUUUUGGACUUCUAUGAAAUCUGAUCGCAACAAAUUCGCCCUUCGUCCUUCCAGGAAAAAAUAAGAUUUUUUUCUAAAAGAAAAUGUAAUUGACAAAUCAAUUACCUAAUUAUUAUUAAAAAAAUAGACAUCAUGUAUUUUUGUUUAUUGAUUUUUAUCCCCUUUUUUGCAUUCAUUCAUUGAUUUGAAAGUAUUUUGGAAUUUAAAUAUUCUAGUUAAACUUUUUUCUUUGCAAACCUUCCCUCUUUUUUUAAACUAAAAGGUGGAGUUAUUUUAAUAAUAAUUACAAGGCCUGGAAAUUCACCUUUUCCAAUUUAAUUUAUCAAAGGCGAUAACAGACGUGGAGAGAUAGGGCGCGGGUAGGCAGGCUCGGCUCUCCUCAACUUUGCGGGUUGCACGGCGCUCGCGCGUGCGCCUCUAACUCGAUGUACCACAAUCCUCCCUCUCGCAGCGUUUUGCUUUGCUUUUCUGCCUGCAUUUCGGCAUCCAUCCGCGCACAGCUCGUCAGUGUCGUGCAGCAAGCGCAGCGCUCCGAGCGCGCAUUUGGCCGUGCGGUCCGCCGAGCGUGUGCUCCCUCAUCAACCGAAGAGGAAUCAAUUAAUUCUGACACCUGAGCGGCGCCGCGCAGCCAUGUGACCUGCCGCGUGCCACCUACCUGGAGAGCCAUGCCUGGUCUGGUCUUCUUCAGGCGCCGAUGGAGCGUCGGCAGCGACGACCUCGUCGUGCCCGGGAUCUUCCUCUUCCUGCUGCACACCAUCUGGGCCGUGGUGGUGGUGGUGCUGUUGACCAGCCAGUCCUUAUGGCGCACCGAGGAGUGCGUCGCCCUUCUCAGGGUGCAUCUGGGCGUCUACCUGGGUCUGCUGAGCGUCGCGAUGGCCCUCGAGCUUGGCAUUGCGGCUGUGGCCAUGAGGGGCUCCAUUCUGGACACCGAGCCCAGAGCUCCGAUGCAGUACCUCCUUUACACAAGACUAGGGGUGAUUGGUUUGGAGCUGGUUUGGCUGGCACUUGGGGUGGUGUGGCUGGUUUACCACUACGCAGACUGCCCCAUCGACUCCUCCAGGGAGGCUGUUCUAGGUUUAAUUGUGGGCAACGGGUGUGUAUUGGCAAGCGUGGCCGUCACAAUUUGGUGCACUUUUGACGCCGCCGGCCGCUCGUGGGUGAAAAUGAAGAAAUACCAAAGAAGCAUGAAAGAGGCUGAAUCAAAAUUCCAGUACCGUAGAUCAGGCAGCAGGCAGCGGAACUGGCGGCAAAGGAAAGUUUUGCGCGCCUACCAGGACAGCUGGGAUCACCGGUGUCGCCUUCUGUUCUGCUGCAUGGGCAACUCGGACAGGAGCAGGAAUUCCUUCUCCGACAUUGCCCGACUGCUCUCGGACUUUUUCCGCGAUCUUGAUGUGGUGCCGAGCGAUGUGAUCGCCGGUCUAGUCCUCCUCCGUAAGAUGCAAAAGUCACAAAGAGAAGCAAUUGUCGCUCAGCAUUGCAACGACACGUACGCCUUCCUUUCAGGCGUGCCGGUGACGCCGAGGGCCAAGUUUGUGGCCCUGAGCGAGCCAGAGGAGCUGGCCGAGUUCCAAACUGUCAUCCACUACAUGCAUUUCGCUCUGGGCGCCUAUGGCUGGCCCAUGUACAUGGUCACGCACUCCAUCUGGGGCAUUUGUAAAUUAUGCACGAAACUCAGAUGCUCAUGUUUUCCACGAUUGUGUGGUAAGCGUGAGCGGGAAGACGCAUCGGUGAUGUUUGAAGACAACUGCUGUCAAUGUAAUGUGGCCGCCCUGAGGGAGCAGGUGGAGCGCGGCCAGGUGGAGGUCGUGUACGCCACAUACCACGUUGACGUCGGUCAGACGCCGUUCUUCGUCGCGCUCGACUACGCGCGCCGAAAAGUGGUGCUCAGCAUAAGGGGCACCUUGUCGAUGAAAGAUGUGAUAACCGAUUUAAACGCCGAGGGAGAACCGCUGCCUCUGCAUCCUCCGAAAGAAGACUGGUUAGGUCAUAAGGGAAUGGUUCAAGCUGCCGCCUACAUCAGGGACAAGAUCAACGAAGAAGGAAUUCUGGCUCGCGCCUUCAGCCGAGACCCCUCCAAGGGCACCCAUGAAUUCGACCUAGUUUUAGUAGGUCACUCGCUAGGUGCUGGCACUGCGGCAAUAUUAGCCAUCCUGCUCAGGCAGGAACACCCUGGUCUCAGGUGCUAUGCCUAUUCCCCUCCUGGAGGCCUUCUCAGUAUGCCGGCUGUUCAGUACUCACAAGAGUUCACCAUUUCAAUUGUGGUUGGAAAAGAUGUAGUGCCUCGAAUUGGUCUCCACCAAAUGGAGUCCCUCAGGGCUGAUCUCAUAAAUGCAAUCAAACGGAGCAAAGAUCCAAAGUGGAAGACAAUAGCUGGGGGAAUGGUUUGUUGCUGUGGACCGCACCAAAUGGAGGGUAAUGAGGACAAAGUCAGCAACUCAGGUGCUGAGCCUGGUUCAGAGGCUGUUGUUGUGAGUCAAGUGAGUGAAGCGGAAAGAGACGCAGCCCGGGAUGACAUCACUCAUCCGACGGACAGCUCGAUAGCCUUAACAGUGCACCAGCCCCUGUACCCCCCAGGCAAAAUCCUCCAUGUCGUAAGGCACCAUCCAACGAAGGGAGAGCAAGUUUUACGCAAAAAUGAGCCAGUCUACCAAGCCUUGUGGGUGGACAACACAGACUUUGACGAAGUUCUGAUCUCGCCAGUCAUGAUUCAAGACCACAUGCCGGACAAGGUGUUGGAGGCGCUGGAAAAGGUUGUGACCCACAUCGGUCCAGCAAAGCCCCGGCGGCACUCCAUGACUCCCUCGGACAAGGCGCCGACCGAGUGCUCGUCCAAGACCCUCGUAAUCAACAGCGAGUUUUCGGAGCACACUUUACUGCUGCAGAACACGCCAGCGUCGCCAAAGUCGCUGACGCCACCACACAAACUGUGCCUUGAGACGAGCUUCACCUCGCUCAACCCUUCACACCGCUCGUCCACCUCGAGCAACAGCGCCACGCCAGUCGCUAUGACACCCUUCACGUUGCACCCUUCCCUGCCGUGGGAAUAUGCCUCUGCACUCGAGGAUCAGCUCAAGACCAUGGCCGCCAGGUCAACGUCCACGCCGUCCUCUGUAGUUCAGAAUAAGAAACUUGACCUCAUCCAUGACGACUGGUUUGGCCUGGCUCCGCUGGCAACACCCGAGUCGCUGAGUGAGGUGUCCAGCAUCAGUUCUCGGACAGGCAGUCUCUUGCACGGCAUUGCCCAGCACUACCCAAUGCUCUUUUCACCGCGCCUGGGCAAAAAAGUUGGGCCCGUCGUGUACAAACCGGCCUGUUUGAACAACAGCAACAAGUGCACCCCAACUCCGACCGAGACCAACAACCAGUUGGAACUUGCGUCCUCCCUAAACGAGUCCAUCGACCUGAGUUUCACGUCGGCCAACAGCACACCGAACAAGAGCAUCAACAACAACAUCAUCGUUGAUGUGCACCAGAUGGACCUGAACGGGCGGUUCAAGCCCCUGAUGGCCAGCUCGCCGAAGCAGGUCACCUUCAACCUGGUCGAAUCGGAGACCAACGGCCUCCUCCUAUCUCCUCCGUCGCCACCGAGCAGUACCCUCUCGACGCACUUGUACUUUGUGGGCUGCGGGUCGGUCGGCGAGUCGCCCGAGGACGAGGACAGUGGCUUUGGCAGAAACGGCCAAGGCUACAGACAAAUGAGACUGUUGGCGCCGCCGAAUGGACGCAAGGCCCAUUCGGACGAGGAGAGUGGAGCGCCGAGUGAUGAUGUUUCGCCGCUGCCGUUGCUGACCCCACUCGGCGCGGAGUCGCCCAAUGCCGGACUGAUGGCCAGGGUUGUCAAGGGCGAGAGUAGUGUGUGAGGAUUUGAAGGAUACAAAUACUAUGUGGUGAUUGAAGAGAGCGAAAAACAAGUGUAUUUUUAAUGCAAAAGGUCCGCUGAAGUUUUGCACAUUUGGAGCUACUUUUUGUUUAAAGAAACACCAUAAUGUUGACACCAUACGUAUUCGCACAUUGUUUAUUUUAUAUAAAACAGUACAGUAUUUUAAGGUGUCUGUCAGUGCCAAAAUUGUGUUCUCGUCACACCAAAGUAAAAAACGACGCUCCAAAUUUGCACACACGUCGUCAUUUAAAGGCCCAAUGCAGUUUAGAGACAUUUACCUUGUUAUGAGGAAAAUGCAAAAGAAUUUUGUACAUAAUGAAUAGGUAUUUAUUGAAAUGAUAUAUUUCCUUGGUGUGUCAAAUUUAUACAGAGCAAAUGUAUAGCCACACAACGUCGCAUGCCUAAAAUUGGGUUCUAAAAUGGAACAAGCACCAAUUUUUGGUAUUUAAUGGGAAUAAUUUUUUUCCUUUUAAAUUUUUAGCUAUUAAAAUUUAGUGGUAAUUUUUCUGUGGAAAAUAUUUUCGAUAAUAUAGAAUAAACUGUCAUUCCUCUUUUCAUCAAUACAUAUGAAAUCGCUCUUCACUAUAAUAUCAUUAGAAGCAGCUGGUGAUCAUUUUUUAAAGGAUCUUCAUUUAACAUCUACUUACAGUCAAAAAUGUGAACUUACUAUAAAAAUUUUUAAUUUAAACUCUAGUCAUCGCCAGUGUCUAUAGCCUGUGCUAUUAAUUGUUAGAAAAAGUAGCACUCUUUAUGCCCUUUAAUGAAAUUAUCCAUUACUAUGUGUAUUUGCACACAUUGGUCCGGUGUCCAUAGAAUUAUUAGUACCAUAGCCUGAUCUAAAAUUAGUAUUGCAAUUACAUAAAUACGAGAUAAUUGUUAAAAAAAGUACGCUUUGAGGUAUAAAACAUAGCAUAUUGUGCUGUAUAGGUGCUAUUUGCAAAGUUUUAUUGUUAUAAAAUGGUUAAUUAAAAUAAUGACCAUAGAGAAAUAAAAUUUAUUAUGGAACAAUUUCUAAGAUGAUCAAAUAUCCUUCACAAAAUCAAAUAUCAUAAUUCAGAUAAAUAACAAUACUACGUUUUUAAUGGAGAUUUUUUUAUCGUCAUAGGAAUUACCUAUUAAGAAUAAAAUUAAAUUGAUGA